AUCAAACGAAAGCAGAGAAAUCGAUUGUAAAAAUUAGGACAAGAUAGUGAAUAGGACAGGACAAUGGAUAUGAGCGAGGCCUGUUACGCAGCGGUACCGCAUGAAUCGUCACCGCUCAUCCGUAAGAAAAAGACGAAGUUGCUACCUGUCCUACUUUGGGUAGGACUAGCAUACGCAGUAUUUCAAGAAACUUCAUCGCACGUUCGGAAGUCAGUGAGCGUAGCAGCAGAAGUAGUUAGAAGUUCAACAAAAAAUCGUGGAAAUCAUUACAACAAUGAUCCUGUUCAUUUCGAUGAUACAGAUACUUUAGAUAUUGAUGACCUUCAUGAACCUGUGCAUCGGAGUUUUGGAAGCGACGUCGAUAUUGACGUAGACAUAGACUCUGAAGGAAUUGAUUGGGACAAUGACGAAGACAAAGAUGAAAAUAUCGAGAGAAAAAAUUCUGCACGCACGGGGCCGAACAUCAUACUUGUAGCAACAGUAGAUGGAACAAUAGCGGGAAUUUCAAAAGAAUCGGGGACUGUUUUGUGGAGGCAAUCGGAGGACAUAUCAUCUGUGCCCUCUUCUUCUUCCUCCUCCUCUUCGUAUUUGAUGAUGGAGUCAACCAAAAAUGAUUCAUGCAGUCCAAUUUUAAAGCCCCUUGUGAGUACCACAACAACCAAAAAGUCAGCUUCCGAUGCCUCGUAUAAAGUUGUUCCGUCCGUGGACGGCACCAUCUACACAACAACAAACGAUAUGACCAUCGCCACUCCUGUGAAGGAUCUCGUCGCCAAAUCCCCCUUUUUGGAUCAACAGGGUCGAUUCUAUGUCGGUUCCCAGUAUGCAUCGACAGCUGCUUUAGACGGCACUACAGGAGAAGUGCUUCGCGUUGUUUCGUCAACUGCUACGACUAUUCCAGACGACGAAGACGACAAUGAAUCGUCUCUACCUACUUUGGAUGAUCCGAACAUAGUUUGGAUCGGUAGAGUCGAUCACGAGGUAUCGAUUCAAGAUGCAAAGACGGGAUUUACAGAUGCUCAAUUCUCUGUUGGUCAAGUCAUGAGUGUAGAAGAUAUGCGUGGAAUGAUGAGGGAGAGUGUUUCGAAUCCUGAACAAACGAUACGCCCGAAUGGCUCGUCCUUGCUAUCAAAAGCUGUCGCAACCACGGUAAAUGAAGCCAUGGAUCUUCCAAACUCCUUGGUUGCAACUCCAAAUGGUAAUGCAGCUCUGUGGAGCUUUGAGAACAAUAAAUUUGCAUGGGUUGCAAGCGAAUCCUUGAAUUCACCUAUUGUAUACGCAAUGGAUGCUGAAACGGGAGUGACUUUGCGUGUAGAUAUCAUUCCUGACGUUCCUGAUCCAAAAGCUAACAUCCGUGAUCUAACGCGAGAGAUGGAACGCCAGUCAAGGAUGGCAUCAGUAACAAACACUCCGGUAGUCGGUGCAAUGUCCAAUGGUCAACUUUACGCACUUCCAUUACGAAGUUCAGAUCAGUCGACUAGUAGUGCCACUAUAGAUCAGCUUCCUACCCAACCGGGUGGGAAAUUGAUUAAAUCACCUCUCCCAAUUGGUGAUGGAGAAAACGAUUUUCCAGAUUCAAGCCUUGUCAUUCAAAAAGAAGAAGAGGGAUUUUUCCAUCCAAAAUAUGGCUACAUCUCUCCAAAGGACUUGGGUGGUUUCGUUCAUCCCGUAUAUGGUUAUGUUUCACCACGGGACCUCUUCGGAGCCCCAAAACGUUCAAGUAAGACCUCCUCCCUCUUUCGAGUCUUAGGAUCAUGGUUGCCGCCAACAAUCGCCCUUUUGUUUGUUAUUUCGUUUGAACUUGGUCGUCGGAAGCGUUUGAAGGAUGAAAAGAAAGGUGCACGGAAUUCUCUCCACCCCAUUGAGCAAAAGGACCAGAUCAAUGGAGUUAUCUCCUUUAACGAAGACUCUGGUGGUAAAUACGGAGCCUUACAGAAGUCACAUCAUCAAGAGGUGAUCUCAGUCAGCGAAGACGUACUUGGAUAUGGAGGCCAUGGUACAGUCGUUUAUAAAGGUGUUCUAGAUGGGAGAGAUGUCGCAGUAAAGCGAAUGCUCAAGGCGUACCAUGCUAGUGCCGAUCGUGAAAUUUCUCUACUUAUUGAAAGUGACGGUGAUCCUAACGUAGUCCGGUAUUUUCUCAAGGAGGUACGGGGUGACUUCGUUUACCUUGCACUGGAGCUCUGUGAUUUAUCAUUGCAUGAGCUGAUUGGUGUUCUUCGGGAAAAGCAACAAGAAAAAAGUUCUUCGAUACUGCCGAAUGCUGACAAAGAAGCAUGCGUUCUCUCAAACGAGAGCGUGGGAGCUACUACUAGAAUCUUAUUGCAGAUUGCUUCAGGAGUGAAGCACCUGCAUUCUCUCCGAAUCGUACAUAGAGAUUUGAAACCAGCAGUGAGUGACGUUGUCGUUCUGAAACAAUUUUUACAAUCAGUGUCUCGAAUUAUGUUGUUUCUCUCACGCAAAUGAAAUUCUAUUGGUUUCUCAGAAUAUUUUGCUCGCAGUCUCAAAGAAAGGAAAGAAAAAAGUAAAAGAAGAAGAUCCGAUCUUUGCAACCUUUACCCGCAACUAUUAUGAUGCAAAAAUCUCAGAUAUGGGGCUAGGAAAGCAGCUGAUCGGACAAAGUAGUAUUGGUGCUAGCUUUAUCGGGGACUCUUCUUUUCGCGGAAACAAAUCGGGCGUACACUCAAUCGGAGUAGGACCUGGAACUGUGGGGUGGCAAGCACCUGAAGUAAUGGCGAUGCGUUUGACAUCUGACACAUCUGCUCGAUCCACAGACAGUGCUAGCAAUAUAGGGGAAUCAAAGGAAGGCCAAGGAAACGACAUUCUGCCAAGUAUUCGGACAAGCAGAUCUGUGGAUAUUUUCUCUCUCGGGUGCAUUUUCUACUCUCUAUUGAUCCCGGGAUCCCACCCUUUCGGUGAAUGGUUCGAGAGGGAAGCCAACAUAAUGCACAAUCGACCUAAUUUAAAGCCACUGACAAGCAUUUCAUCAGAAGCGUAUCGUUUGAUUCGCUCGAUGCUGGAUCGAAAUCCAAGACUACGCCCUACAGCGAAAGAAGUAUGCGAGCAUCCAUUCUUCUGGAAUGCAGAGAAAAAGCUGACGUUUUUGUGUGAUUUCUCAGAUCGAUUAGAAACCGAUACCAUUGCACCGGGGUCAUCGAAUGUAUUCGGGUCUUUCGCUAUUGAACGUGGGGCACUUGAAGUUGUGGGAACCUCUUGGGAAGAAAAGCUAGAUAGUUCACUCGUUGACAAUGUACAAAAGUUUCGGACAUAUGACUAUUCCUGCGUUCGAGACCUGUUGCGACUGAUUCGAAAUAAGCAUCAUCAUUUCGAGGAGCUGCCAGAAGCAUUCCGUUUGAAUGAGGCUCCAAAUCAGAAUGCACUAUGUAAAUACUUCACAAAGAUAUUUCCGGCUUUAAUCAUGCAUUGUUACACAUUUUGUGGACAAAAUUUAACGGAUGACGACCCACUUGUAUUGAAGUUCGUCAUACCUCCGGCGAAGUUUCAAACCAGAGAAUUUUCUACUGCACCAAUAUCUGUCUCCGUCAAAGAAGAAACAAUUCCGACCAAUCAUAAUGAGGCUGUCAUCUCUUCCGAAGAGUUGAAAAAUGAUUCGACCGAUACGCAAUGCUUGGAGAUUGCCCAAGUGGUAACAUGUGAUUCGAACGACGAAGUCGAUGAAGAUAUUAUUGUAUGGGAAGGCAGUAUUGCUGCUAAAACAUUUAAUAAUCGCGGUUGGAGCAGAUCGCAGGAUGAAUGGUCGAGACACAUCGAACCUUUUUAUAAAAAACGUGAUCCAGCCUCAAAGCGAUGCAUGGAGGACCCCAAAUUUCGAACCAGACUUUGCAAUCACUGGGAUAUGAGUCUCGGAGCAUUUUGUCCAAUGAAAAAGAAAAAUAAAUGUGUAUUUGCUCAUGGACCAGCUGAGUUGCGGGUGAAAGAAGGCAAAAAGAAUCGAUGGGGAAAACUUGUCGACAAAGUAAGUCAUGUUCUUUUUGUUUGAAAAGAGUGGCUGAUGUUGCUUUGACAGACCAUAUCCAUGUCGUUUUCAUAUUUCAAUGGUCUCAAAAACUUCUAUUGUAUUUGUACUUAUCGCGAUUGUUUCAUUCGUUCUCCCGUGAUAUGAUUUUCUUAGAAUGGAAACAAUUCGAAUCCUUGGCACUGCGGAGGAGAGGACACUUAUGGUGCGGCAAAUUCAAUAGAACUAGUCAGAAAAGAAGAGGGGAAAUGGAAUGCUUCGAAAGAUAGAAAGAAGAACCAAGGGACAACUCUAAGAAAAAAGAAACCGGGAUCAAACAGUAACCAAGUCAAACAAAAGACAAAUCCAAAGGCACCAGCGUGAAGAAUACGAUGAAGGCGUCGGUUGGCAAGAAUACAAUCGUGACACAAAGUUUGAAACAGGCCAUAGCGUUUUGGUAUCAAAUAAAUACUAGGUAUGCACUUUUAUGGUAGUACCAAAACCUAAGAUCGGAAAAACAGCAAAAUUGCUGUUGAUCUUAGUGUCAUUUAAAUUGUUAAUGCUGGUGAAAUAAGAUUUAGUAUGACGU